AUGACGAUGGGCUUCUCAAGGCUCUUGACGGCAGUUGCCGCAUUUUUGGUCUUGUCCACAUUCGUUGCAGCCAAAGAUGUCCGCAACUUCUCUCAACAAGCUGUACCUAACACAAUGGCCGACGACAAUGUCGAUAUGAGCAAAGUGCAAAAAUUCAAAGCCAUUUUCAGCGAGCACUCACAGGCCGGUGCUGCUGGUACCAAUGCCUACAUCGGCGGAUGGGGAAACACCUUCAACCACGCAUUUAAAUGGACCGACCUACUUGACGCCACCACUGCUGCUACACACGCACUCUGCUCAGACAGAUGCCUCACGUGUGCUCCAGGCUGCGACCCUGUCUGCUGUACAGCAGGAACGCUGGAUGUGUCCAACGGUCAAGCCUCUCGAACAGACAGCGCAGACAAGGGCCAGUCCGAGCCUCCUGUCCCCGAGACAGAUGCAAGGCGAUCACCCGUUCCCGGAUUCAGGAUACCCGCACGUCUCGGAUGUCCAUGUCACUGCGAAGCCGGCUGCCCGCCAAACGUCCAAGCUAUAUGCUGCGUGACUCCUGGGUCUGGAGUGAUGCCCCCAGGAGGCAACAGCAACUCCAACGAUGAUCAACAGGCAACAAGUCCAGACACAAACGGGGUCGUCGACGGCCACAACAAUGGCGGUGCUGGCGCUGGUGCAGCGCAACAAAAGCCAAUCGCCACACACAUCAAUGCCCGCCAGCGCCCCUCCCUCCCUCUCGCCUGUCCCUGCGGCUGCGAAGCCAGUUGCCCAGCCUACAUUCAAGCGAUCUGCUGCGUGACUGCUGGAUCUGGAGCUGUUGCCGAUAAUACUGCUGGUACCGGUACAAGUGACGACAAUGAUAGCACCAGCAACAACGCGAAUGGCACUUCUGCUGGGAACACAACGAAAAUAAACAACAAGUCUCAAAUUUUGAGUUCAAACGACGUCAAUGGCAAUGUCAUCGCCCUGGUCACCCAAACCGCCCACGGUGACCCCGUUUCCGUCCUCGCAUCUACCAAUCUAUCCGUGUUCGACAGCUUCGUCACCAUGGAUUUGGUUAACGGACUCGAGAGGGCCAGUGACAUCGGGUUUAAUAAUGAUCUCAAGAGUUUUGAGAUUGUUUUAACCACGGCUGUGGUGCCUGGUGGUACUGGUACUGGUAGUGGUGGUGUGAACAGCGGGGAAAGUCAAGGAGACAACAUCAUUUCCUUCCGACAUACUUUCCGCGUGAUUGAUGGCUCAAAACUCUGGGAACGUGAACAGAUUAUGCUUGGUUUGGGGUUUUUGUCGAGGAUUCCCGGGGCCGCGGUUGUCGAUAGGGAGUUUUUGGAUAGGAAUAAUGAUCUUGGGGAGGUGGGGGUUCCUGUUCUAACGGGGACAAGACGGGUGUGA